UCGGGUCGGGCCGAGUCAGGCCGAGUGAAGCUGAACUGAGUCGUGCCGAAGGGAUCGGAGUUAAUGCGACCGCGCCCCUGCAUUGCUGCCCUCGCUCGGCUGAGAGCGGCGGCUGCCGCCUGUCAGUCACUCACUCAGGGACACCGAGCCGGGCACGCCGCUCCAGACUCUGCUUACCCCAAACUACUUUGCUCUCGCCAACCAUGGACGCGUUAAAAUCGGCUGGCAGAGCGCUGAUCCGGAGCCCCAGUAUUAGCCGGCACAGCUGGGGCUUGGCCAGGCACCACAAGUUGUCAGAAAACUGGACUGACACAAAAGAAACUCUACAAGAAGGGAUGGCUUUUCACCUUAAAUACCUCGGUGUGACGGCAGUGGACCAGCCAAAGGGGGAAGGGAUGGCGGCUGCAGCCAUUAGGCGGAUAAUUACUGUGGCAAAGGCAAGUGGAAAGAAAUUCCUCAAAGUUACCCUGACUGUUUCGCCUAGAGGUAUAAUGUUGGAAGACACAAUAACCAAUGAACUCAUAGAGAAUGUCUCCAUCUACAGAAUAUCGUACUGCACUGCAGACAAGACUCAGGACAAGGUAUUUGCAUAUAUUGCUCGGAGCCAGCUAAAUGGGACAUUGGAAUGUCACGCAUUUCUGUGUCCGAAGAAAAAAAUUGCACAAGCUGUGACCUUAACAGUUGCUCAGGCCUUCAGAGUUGCGUUUGACCUUUGGGAAAUAGCACAAGAGGAAAAAUGUAAAAAGACUCGUGAACUAUGUAACAGUUCUGAACACACAGCCCUCAAUGGAGCUACACGAUAUGUAGAGCCAGAUGCAACCGCAGCAAAGGAUCAUACAGUAAACCAAGUCCAGAAUCCAUUUAUUUCACAAGCCGAAAUUCAUUUCGAUAUCACAAGGCAAAGCAGUCCAUCCUGUGGAUCUCCUUCACACGCACUCUCUUGGGAAGAGGACGACGGUCUUGAUGAUGCCUUUUCAAGACUUGCUGAAUCGCGAACGAACAAACAGUGCACAAAUAUCUCAGACUUUCAGGAUUCUCAGGUAAAGGAGAUGCACCUGUCAGCCAUGGACACGAGCAAAGUGUACUCGUCCCUUACGGACUCAAACACAGGAGACUCAUCACCAUGCCUCUAAGUUCAAGCAGAGCUGCCAAUCUCUCAUCGACUUGGAUGCCUUUCUAAUCACAGUAAAUUGGGCUUGGUUUUUGAAUGUACUGAGGGAAGAGCUGGAGGGAAAUAUACUGCUUCAGUGUGCUGGAAAUAAACAGCUUUUCCUAAUUCAUUUUGAGGCCUUAAUAAUAGCUAAACAGAUUUUUUUUUAAUUGUGGUUACCUUUGAGCCUAUAUUUACAUGCAGCAAUUGCAUACACUUCUUUGAAAACCAUGUCUUGAUUGUGAUAAACUACUGAAAAAGAUAAAGUGGACAAGAGCAGCAUUUUAAUCUACAAACAAUUUUUUUUUCAUCUCUGUAUCUGACCGAGUGCAUUAAGACCAGACUGUAUUGCACGUGGUCAAACUCAAAGUGGAAGCCUCCAAACAGGAUUCCUACUUACUGUGACAAGUCAGCAAUUUCACAGGUGGUAGUCAAAAAAGUGUAGCUUUAGUGCUUACAAGCUGCUAAAUGCCAUUGGGGGUAGGCCUGAGGGGAGCAGGGCGAGAGCCUGAAGGAAAGCCAAAUUUUUUUCCCUUGAUUUUUUUUCCCUCUUUGAUGUGCUGCUGCUGUUAGUUGUGAGAGAUUUCUUGUUUUAAAAAUUUAUCUUCUGCAUGCCUUCCAUUUUUAAGCCCUGGAUACAAGGAUGGAAGACUCAUUCAGAUACAAAUUGGAUAUAUUUAUGACAUCUGGCAAAUAAAUUAGAGUGCUUGGGAGAAAGACGGUGACUUCACGUUUAUUUCCCAAAGCUUUGCACCAUUGAGUUUUAUUUUGUGCCUCUUCUGAGUCAGUUGUAGAUGUAACAGAAAGCUUUAAUCACUCAACACUUCCGUUAGAUCCCAGUGCAGGUGGACAUAUGAUUCUAGUAAACAUGAAUUUAUUGGGCUGGUAAUUAUUGUACAAUUACUCACAUGACUGGAAUGGAAACUGCUAAUUUUAUGGUAGGUUGUUUACCUCUAAUAUCAUUGACAAUUCACCUACCACCUCCUAUUGUACUGAAAUAACAGCCAGUAUGAUGCACUCUUACACAAAAAUACAUGCAGGAAUCAGCACUAACAACCCUCUACAAAAAGCUAGCUAUAAAAGUGUCCACUACUGUUUCACCUACUGCUAUACAAACUGAAUUAUCAAUCUACAAGUUCAAUACGAUUCUGGCUGCAGAUUGAUGGUUAAUAUUUCAGAACAACUGAAAUAAUUGUAGUAGAUUUUGUUAAAGAUGAAUGUAGCUUUGAGUCUGUAAACAAGUAUUUCUGUUUGAUUUUUCUUUUGAAUGAUGUAUUUUCCAGACUCUGUAUAUUUCUCAAGCUUCUGCCUUUUGUAUCAUAUUGAUGGUUAAAAAAUGGUUACAGAAAAUUGUGUUAAGUUUGUGCCUGUUGGACUUAAUCAUUGGAGAAUGAUGUAUACAUUGUACUAUGAUGUGCAUCUGUGGAAAAAGUGAAUUGUUAUAAAUAUGCUGGUAAAAGGAGGAUCCAUCAUGGAGACCCAUGUGGUCUUUAAAGCAUAAAUUUUACCACAUUUUACAAAUGGUUUUCACAGUACAGCAUGCCCUCAAAUCCAUUUGUGAAAUAUUGUGAUCACUCGUGCAAUGCCACAAUAUAAUGUUAUUGAAAUAUUAUAGUUUGCAAAUAAAUAAUGAGGUUAUUUUUGCAUGUAAGCAUCAUUCAAAACUACUUCGAUUUUGAUAGCUUUCUAAACUGCAAUAUCUUAACAAUAAAAAUAUUUUUGACAUAUUCAAGUCUGAUACAGUACUAAAAAUAUUCAGAGCGAUUCUGGGUCACAAAAGGACUCAUCCUUGAUCAUUAUAAAGAUUUAAAUCUCUAGAUUUCAAAUAUCCAAAGAUGUACCAAGCUUCACCUGGAUAUAUGAUACAUUAUUCCAGAUAAUAGCACUUGUGAUUCUCUUUGAAUUACAACUACUGUACAUGUUAAGCUUCUACUUUUUAAACAGGAAGUGCUGCAGAUUUUUAACCAGCAACAAUUUUGAUCCAAGAAUGUUAUAUUCCAAUUAAUGUUGCAGCAACAAAUCAACAGAAGUGCAUUGCCAUGUCAUUUUGUUAAACUCAUUUUGUUGUACUAUAGUUGACUAUAUUAGUAUGAAUAUUUUGAUGCAUAUUUACUGUAUUUGAUAUUAUGUGGUGGAUUUUGCCUGGCCUUGGCACUGUGGGUUUUGGUGCUUUGUACUGGUGCAUUGAGAACACUGGCAGCAGUGACUUUUGACUGAAGAAUAACUGAAUGUGGAUUGUGCAAAAUACUGGACAUACUUUAAUUUAAAUGAAAUAACUAAUUUAUUCCAUUGUUAUGGAUAUUACUGACAAAAUAUGAUAUAAUUUAUAUUGCCAUCUCGUGCUGUGACAGAAUUCCUAAUUUCCAGGUUAAAUAGCGCCGAUUGGAUUAUUUCGGGUUCCAUUUAAAGGAAAAAUAAAUUUUAACAUUAGGUUUAUGUUUGUAGAUUUACAUUAACCAAGUCAAGAAGCUAUUCUAUGAAAUAAUUGAAUUGAGGUAGAAAUUAAGACCAUGUUAAUUUUAGUAUGAGAAUGUUUGCAGUUGGUUAUUGCUAUGCAAACUGAAUGCUUUAUUUCUGAGUGUAGUCUAUGUAAACACUCUGUGCUAAUGCAUUUAAUUUGUACUACAUCGCAAUUCUUUCUCCCACAAUAUAGCACUGACAUUUAUUCCAAAUAUCAAAUGCAGCUUUAAUACUACAAAAUUUAUGCAAGCCUACUCUCACUCUCAAAUUCCAACUGAGUGAGUGAACACAAAUAGGCAAAAAUUAUGACCAAUGCAAAGCUUGGUCACCAUAGUAAAUCUCUUGUCUGUGAACACCAAUGAUGUAGUAUAAAUGGCAGCAUUGCACAAACUAAAAAUUUUAGCUUCCAAUAUAAUUCACAAUUUGAUAGUAUUCUAAUGACUGUACAAUUACAGAUUUUUUGGAUAAAAUAUAUUAUACUUGUGAUAAAUUUAUUGGUUGUCAUUUUUAUUAAUGAACAUGUAAUAAAAAUCUU